UAUUUUUCGAAACGAAUUAGGUAUAUUUUUAUGAAUGAAUAAUACGAGGUAACAUAACUAUGGCAUUCAAAGCUAUGAGGAAAUAGCAGGAAUUAUAAAGCAAUAAUAAUUAAAUGAAUCUCUUUAUAAUAAAUUCAAACGCAGUAUCAUUUUCCAACGCUUAUAUAUACGUGCUGGAGGAACCAAAGCAUACGUUGACGUUCUUCUUGCUUCUCGCAUUAUAUUUUAUACACACUUUGUCGGUUUUUCUACUCGCGUAAUCGGAGAAGAGAAUUUGUUGAAGUUACAUCACGUGAGAAUGGCGGAGCUGAUGUGAGAUGCGAGAGAUAACAUGAACUGUUCCUGUGAGCAUUUUUUCUUCAUUGCAAUCGUUCGCAUAUUCUAGUGUCCCAUCGCUGUCGUCGUUGUCAUCGUCGUUAAAUUCCAGUGAAAAUAAAGCAGCUAAAAUAGUGCAAAAAUUAUCGAAAACUGUGCCCGCUUCCGACUUUUGAACAGAUUUCCUUUUAUUUUUUGGUUUUCCUUUGGUUUUCUUUCUCAACCCCUCUGACAAGCUUGGCGUUCCCAAUCCUUACUCUUUAGAACUACAGUGAUAAGGAUAAUAGAUUCAUUUUUAAAUAGGAAGAAAAUUAUUCAAAAGUUAGAAACAUGGCAGAUCAACAACAGUACUUCCUCAAGUGGAAUGAUUUUCAAACCAAUAUGGUGACCUCGUUCCGGCAUCUACGCAACGAGAAGAGUUUUACAGACGUGACACUGGCGUGUGAAGGACAAACGUGCAAAGCUCAUAAGAUGGUACUAUCGGCAUGCAGCCCCUAUUUCAAAUCUCUUUUGGAGGAGAAUCCUUCUAAGCAUCCGAUCAUCAUUCUAAAAGACGUGUCGUACAGUCAUCUGCAAGCGAUCCUUGAAUUCAUGUACGCCGGAGAGGUGAACGUGUCGCAUGAGCAGUUGCCUACAUUCUUAAAAACUGCCGAUAGACUGAAAGUGAAGGGUCUUGCGGAGACUCCGACGAAUAUCAAGCGGGAGGGUUAAUCUGUGGUGCACUGUUUCGGCAGUCCCUUAUGUGAUUGCUUCUCCCUUUCUGGAUACGCGCGACGUACCGUUUCUAAUAAACGUUUAUUAUGUACGCAACCAUUAUGAAGAUACUAUAGCCACAGAUCGGAAACAAAACCACAAGCCUAGAAUACAGCACUUAUCAAACUGCAGACUGGAGCAUACAGUCAAUAAAUAUAUAAGUAGUUUAUACAAGGUUACGUCAAGCGGAUCCCGCAACGGGGAAGAAAGAAAUGUAAGGUUUAAAUUUUAUAAAAUCAAAUACUAUUGGGACAAGUAACACAGCAUACACCCCUACAUAUAAAAAUGAGAGCAAGAGAACGAGCGACCGUGCAUUAUAGUAAGAAUAUUAACAUUAAAAUUAUACAACAAAGCGUAGUGGAAAUUCCAUCUUUUCCACAUUAUUUUUUAGUUUUAUUAGUAAUAGUAAUGUCAAAUUCCAAAAAAUACAAUGUUUGAAGAGAACAGCAAUUAUCUUCAUAAAUUUUAUUCAGUUGAUUAAUUUGUUCAUGAGAAUGCACCAGUUUUCCUAGUUUGUUUCCUGUUCAGAAACCAGCAAAAUAUAAUAGAAUCAUACCGCUCGCAUGAGCUGCACUGUUGAUAACAGUAGAGGUUGUGCAGCUUAUGCAGUUUAUUUUUGUUGGAGCGACUUCAGGUUCAGAGCUCACCCAGAAAUUGUGCGUUUUUUUGUAAUUUGUAAAUAUGGAACGAAAGCGAGAUGAUACAGUUAUAGACGGCCGGGAGACGGUGCUGACAAGAAACUGGCACACUAAACAGAAUAAUGGGCGGGUUUGUUUUAACCUUCAUGAAAAAUCGAUUCGAAAGAUGGCCCAUACAGAAUAUAUACUAAAGAAAGGAUCAAUUUUAAUGUAGGAAAUAUACAUUAAAUGCAAAUGAAUGCUUAUCUUUUCGAGUUUAUUAUUUUGAUUCUAUUCUCUUGUAAAAUUGUCUUUUUUGCAAAAAAAAAACAAAAUCUAUAAUAUGAGCAUGAUUUUCUUUUUGUUUUGAGCUAUGUCACCUUAUAUGAUUUAGACAUGUAUCGCUAUUAUAUAUUUUGUUAGCACAAUUGUAUUUCAUGAGACAGUACAUUUUGUAGGAAUUCCGUAAA